AGAAUUUAUUUCCUAUUAACAAAAAAGGCACACGUAAUUAAAUCAAAUAAAAUGGAAAUUGAAUUGAUAAAAGCGUGCAUCUUUUUUCUGCUUUUUGUGAAGGAUGCUUUUUCAACUCAGAUACUAACUACAGGGGUAACAGUAAAAGCAAGGAUGAGUGUUAAGAUAACUGACGACCCAGAUGAAACAAUUAUGAAGAUUCACACGUGGAACCAUUGCAUGCUGCUAUGUGUUCAUAAACAAACCUGUGAGGAGUUUAACUACCACGGUGAUUCCUCCAGAUGCGAGAUGUAUACAACAGCGGGUUGCAAGAACUUUGAUAUCUCAACAGGGUGGAGACUUGGUUAUAUUGAAGCAGAUCGCCAAAGAAAUACAACAAGCAGGAACAUCAAUGUAGCGCUUAACAAACCUACAUAUCAGUCAAGCACUUUUGAUGGGAUUGCUUAUGGAUCUCCUACUGGUUUCGCAGCAAAUGCAGUAGAUGGUGGUACAAACACAGAGUAUAUGUCUGGUUCAUGUACGCAUACAAAACAUGAACCAAAUCCAUGGUGGAUUGUAGACCUUGGAAAGUCAUAUUACAUUGAUCGAAUUGUUAUUUGGAAUCGAAAAACGAAAGCACACAGACUCCAUGACUUUUCUAUUGACACCGCCUGUCACUUUGAUGGAGUGAACCCAGACAACACAAACUGGACGAGACAACAUCUGCAUGUUGGAACGUUGGAUGUUAAUCCUAAAGUCAUGCCACUUCCUAAUUCCGCAUUUGGCAGAUUCGUAAAGAUAGAAAAAACAGUUCCAACGGUUACAGAUCAGAACCUCUUAACUCUAUGUGAAGUUGAGAUCUAUGUCGUCUAAGUAUGCUGAUAUCUGGCUGUAAGGUAAAAGAACUUUCAUCCAAGAGCCACAGACU